CAGAUAUUGCCUAUUCCAAAUUUAAAGAUUUAUAGUUUUGCUGAUUUGAAGUUGUCCACGAAGAAUGAACGUUGCCAUAAAGAAGUUGAACUCCGAGAGCACUCAAGGAUUUGAAGAGUGGAAGUCAGAAGUGAACUUUUUAGGAAGGCUUUCUCAUCCUAACCUUGUUAAGCUACUGGGAUAUUGUACGGAAGACAACGAGCUGUUACUCGUUUAUGAAUUUAUGCCGAAGGGAAGCUUGGAAAACCAUCUUUUCAGAAGAAGUGCCGCUAUUGAACCGCUUUCUUGGGAUUUGCGCCUCAAAAUUGCCAUAGGAGCGGCUCGGGGCUUGGCUUUCUUACAUACUUCAGAAAAGAAAGUCAUUUACAGAGACUUCAAAGCCUCCAACAUACUGCUUGAUGGGAAUUACAAUGCAAAAAUAUCAGAUUUUGGCUUGGCUAAACUGGGGCCUUCCGGUGGAAACUCGCACGUAACUACUCGUGUUAUGGGCACAUAUGGUUAUGCUGCUCCAGAAUAUGUUGAAACCGGCCAUCUAUAUAUAAAAAGUGACGUGUAUGGAUUUGGAGUCGUCUUGCUUGAGAUGUUGACGGGCUUACGAUCACUUGACACCAAACGACCAAACGGACAGGAGAAGUUGGUGGAGUGGGUGAAACGGAUGCUGUCUAAUAAAAGGAAGCUGAAGUCCAUUAUGGACCCUCGGAUGGAAGGCCAAUAUUCUUCAAAAGCAGCAACGCUUGCUGCUCAGAUUACUCUAAAAUGCCUAGAGGGAGUCCCCAAGAAUCGACCUUCAAUGAAAGAAGUAAUGGACGUGUUGGAACAGAUUGAAGCCAUGAAGGAGAAACCAAAAGAAUCCAGAAGGAAAUCCGAGCAUUCUUCUUCUCAUCGCCACCGACAAUCUCCAAGAAGUUGUCAAUCGCCACGUCAGACGGGUCAGGAAAAAGUAUGAAGUGAAGAAAUUGGCCUUAGUUAUGUGUGUAUAAAUCUCAUUUUGUUUCUUAUUUAGUAUAAGAUCAAGUUAUAUUGUUCACCAUUUUAUGGGCAUUUCAUUUUUGUAACUAAAAUUUUGUGUUGUCUGUCACCUCUGUGUUGCUGGUUGCAUGGCUUUGACUGAAUUGUAAUUUAUUAAAGGUAUUCAUAGAAAGCUUGACACUGAUUUAGCUUCUGUAUUAAGGAAAGUUCAAUAGAGUAAAUUGAA